AGGUCAAUCUCAAGUCGUCUCCAAGGUCUGUCCAACUCACCAAACCGGAGCAUUCCAUUGUACCCCGCGGUGACGCGUCCCGGCCCCGGCGGCCGGCGGGUCUGCCUACCGGUACCGGCCCCGCUCGCUCGCCGAGUCAACGGCUUGACUGCGCCCGCCCGCCACGUUCGUAGUACUAUACAAGUACAUGCCUUUGCCUUCCCUUUCCUCUCCUCUCCUCCUCUCCCACAGUCCCACCCGUUUCGCAGUGCAGAAGCCGGCGAAACUUCCAAGCCCAAGGAAGGAAAAAAAAAACUGUCACCUUUAACUCGAUCCCCUCUUCCCCGCCCGAGUCAGAGCGGCGGCGCCGGAGCCGGAGCCGACAGCUUCCGGCAAGCGGGGGCUACUUGGUGCGGCGGGCUAUUUCCGCGGUUUUGUGCCACAGCGGGACUGAACUGCCCGCCCAGGCUGCCCUAUCAGGGUCACCAAGAUUGAACAAGACUGAACUGCCGCGCUUCAGGGCCAAAUAAAGUGAAUCCGGAUGUUUCACUCAACAUUGGUCAGAAAAAAAUCUAGAUCUGGAAUAAAAACUGGUGCUACAGUGAAGGCUGUUCGUUUUGACAGGAUACUGAACUGCCAUCUCAGUUAAAUGAUAUACUGCACAACAGUGGGCAGCGAUAGUUUGAGACACAUUAGCAAUGAGUUGUUUUUCUCACCUUUUCAAGAGAAAAAGGGGGCCACAACAACAAGACGAUCCAUCUGACAAUUAUUUCACUGGUUCUGAGAAUAUAACAAGAUUCAGCUACAGGGAACUGGUUAGAGCCACAUCAAAUUUUGACCAAGGCAAUAAGAUUGGUGAGGGCGGCUAUGGACCUGUCUACAAGGGAACACUCAAGGAUGGGACACUUAUUGCCGUGAAGGUUCUGUCUUUACAUUCUAGACAAGGGGCAAAGGAGUUUCUUAAUGAGCUUCUUGCAAUCUCUGAUGUAACACAUGAGAAUCUUGUCAAACUCUAUGGCUGCUGUGUAGAAGGAAACCACAGGAUCCUUGUCUACAAUUAUCUUGAAAAUAAUAGUCUUGCACAUACCCUUCUAGAUUCGCGACACAGCAACAUCCAGUUCAACUGGAGAACUCGGGUAAAUAUCUGCAUCGGUGUUGCCCAAGGAUUAGCUUUCCUCCAUGGCAGUGUCAGCCCUCACAUUGUUCACCGUGACAUCAAGGCGAGCAAUAUACUUCUUGAUAAGGAUAUGACGCCAAAAAUAUCUGAUUUUGGUCUGGCAAAGCUUCUACCUCCGGAUGUAUCACAUGUUAGCACAAGAGUCGCAGGGACCCUAGGUUACUUGGCUCCUGAAUAUGCAAUUCGAGGACAUGUUACACGGAAGGCAGAUGUCUACAGCUAUGGCGUUCUGCUUAUCGAAAUUGUGAGCGGAAGAUGCAACACUGAUACGAAAUUGCCCUAUGAUGACCAGAUUCUCCUUGAGAAGACAUGGAGAUACUAUGGUCGCGGGAAUCUGGAGAAGAUCAUAGACAGCUCCCUUGGCGACGACCUGGACGUUGACGAAGCCUGCAGGUUUCUGAAGAUCGGGCUCCUCUGCACCCAAGACGGCACGAAACGCCGGCCGGGCAUGUCUGCGGUGGUGGCCAUGCUGAGAGGCGAGGCGGACGUGGACACGGAGACGAUCAGCAAGCCCGACGUGAUCAGGGAUUUCGGAGACCUGAAGCUGCGGAGCAGGGCCACGUCGUCCACGCUGCUGACCUCGAUCAUGGCGCGGUCGUCCCCGCUGUCGUCUGAGGAGACGACGCGCACCUCCAUCACCUUCACCGAGAUAUCGGAGCGCGACUGACUGACGAUCGCCGUUAAUUCGCCGACAAGAAGUGGGCUGUGAGCCUGUGACCGUGUAGCUGGAGGAGCGGAAAGUGUACGUAGCAUAGGCCGGGGAGAAUUCUUUUUGCUGGUUUUAUGUGAUCUGUGUGCGUAUUUCUAUAUUACAAUCGCGGUAGGAAACGGCGCUUCAAAGACUAUCCACGUCAGCUUCUAAUUUAUCAUCCGUUGGAUACUA